AACAGUUCCUAUAUAACUCCUUACAAAAAAAAGUCCAACAUUUCGACUGUUCUGGCGACUGUCGGACCGGGAACUGUUAAAAUCGACUGUUAAAAAAGACUGUUGACCAGUUUCCCAUUGUGACGUCAUACAGAGUUAUCUCUGCUUGUCGUUUGGUAAACAAACAUGGCGGAUGUAGAUUCAGAUACACGAUUCGCGGCAGCUACGGAGGACGAAAUACAGGCGAUUCUAGAUAACAGGGACAGUAAAAACACUAAAAAUGUUGUGAAGACAGCUGAGAACAUAUUCAGUGACUAUCUCGCGACUUGUGAUAUGUCUCUUCCCCUUCUCCGUGGAAUGUCUUGUGCGGAAUUGAUUGAAAUCUUGCGAAAAUUUUAUUGUGCUGCCUGAAAGAAAGAUGGAACCAUGUAUGCUAAAAAAAACAUUGAUUUCCGUACGCUACGGACUCCAGAAGUCCUUUGAGAAAUCGCACCAAAUUGACAUCAUCAAUGACGCUAGAUUUAAACCUGCAAAUGAUGUUUUCUUCGCUGCAAUGGUAAAAAUAAAAAAGGAGGGCAUGGGUGAAGUGAAACAUAAAGAAGUAAUCAGCAAGCAAGAUUUGGAGCAUUUAUAUGACAGUGACAGUGGUGUUUUCAGUUGUGAAAGUCCCAAAACACUUCAACAGAAGGUGUUUUUUGAACUCAUGUUGUAUUUUUGUAACCGGGACAGGGAAAACCUGCGAAACAUGCGAAAUGAUUACGUCAUUCGACAAGAUCCUGAUGGAAGGCGGUUUCUUGCCAGUUCUGUUUCCAGACUUACGAAGAACCAUAGGGGCGAGAAUACAACAGAUGAUGAUCAGGAAGGUGGCAGAAUGUAUGAACAACCUGGAAAUCCAAAGUGUCCAGUUAUGAGUUUUGAGAAGUACUUGAGCAAACUUAAUCCAGACUGUGAUGCGCUUUGGCAAUGACCACAAUCAAGCAUAUCAGAGUGUUCUCAUGUGUGGUAUGACAACAUGGUUGUUGGCAAAAAUACUUUGGGAAGUAUGAUGCAAAGGAUAAGUAAAGAUGCUGGUCUGUCGUUCAUCUAUUCUAAUCAUUGUAUCAGAGCUACUUGCAUUACAAUGCUCGAUGAAAGUGGGUAUGAAUCAAGGCAUAUAAUUGGAAUUUCGAAACACAGGUCGGAGACCAGUUUGAAGCAUUAUGCUACGAAGUUGAGUGAUGCUAAGAAACGUGAUAUGUCUGACGCUUUAGCAGGUAAAUUUACGUCUUCUUUCAAAAUUCCUGAAUCUGCCUCUGGUAAACAAGGGGAAGCCAUCACAAAUGUUCAGCGACAAGUUAUGAGACAAAUACAGAAUGAUUCUCCUUCUGUAGUCGUCCAUAGCAAUACAGUUGGUGUUCAAGAAGCAUUAGUGAUGUCGUAGAUGUUGACGACCUUGAGCUCGCUGCCAUAUUAGAUAACCCUGAUCUAUUUGGAACUGUGCAAAACAUUGCCCAACCUAAUUCAGCAGCAAAGUCAGUCUUUUCAUUCCAUGGUUGCAACAUAACAAUAAACAAUUGUUAACUCGUGAUUACACAUGUACAUCUUUGGUAGUUACAUCUUUUGACAGUUUUGUUAAAAGUAUUUUAAAGCUUUGAAAGUGUUAACUGAAUAGGAAAUGCACAUGUGAGAGACAUAUUUGCAAUUCAGCAAGUUCAGAGGUGUUAAAUGUUGAAAAGUGAUACAUCUGUUAUUGUUGUUUUUAUUUACUGUUGUGAAAGAAAAUUUGUUAUUGUUGAAUAAAUUUGAUACAGAAUUCACUGCA